AUGUACCUACGAUUUCAUAUUCUGAUUUUUGUAGUGGUUGUGAGAGCGUUGAUAAUAAACACGCCGUGUGUACCACAGAUGUAUGUGAUUGAUGAAGAUGUGAUGUUUGAGCAUGAAGCGAUGGGUGAAUUUGCGGAUGUAGUGAGCCUUCACAAGUGUUAUGAAGAGAUGGGUGAGUUGAGGAAGAAUGUUUAUGGUGUUCGUGUCAAAGCGGAGUGUUAUGUGUACUCGACACAGAUGCACAUCCACACGGAGAGGCGGAACAUCUCGCGAUGUGGGCAUUGCAUGUCACUUGUUGGUCCAUCGUUGAUAGCGACGCAGUGUAUGAUAGCGGGGUAUUACACUGUAGACGAGCAGUAUGCGACUGCGAUGAAUGCGGAGGGGCGGUUGUCGUACAUUGUAUUUCUUAACAAGGAAAGUGUCAAGCGGAUGUCAUCAGGAACGGCAUUCAAAGCAACGGAAGCAACAGCGUCGUACACGUCGUGCAAUUACGCGACAUUUCCCGUGUUGACAGUGCUUGCCACAAACUCAACACACACCAAAUUAGUUGUGUACAACACAAAUGAGCGUGUUGUGUCGAUCAGCAACGGGACUGUAUCAUCGGACAUUGAUGGUGAUGGCUAUUUCACGCUGCAAACAGCAGAAAACAGAACGAUAGAGAAGGUGUGUGUGACUUCAUUUGAAGGGCAGCGCACCUGCUUCAGUGCAGUCACAACAACACCGAGAAACACGUACGUUGCGUUGUCUCGAUACACCCCACCACUUGAAAACAAGACGUGCGAAUUUCUGCCACAACUGAUUGCUUUCUCAACAACAACAAACUACUCCUUUGUGUCAGCACCUUUCAGAUACAAAAUAGCCGCAUUGCAUCUCACCCCACCUAUCAAUUCAAAUUUCUAUGUGGACUACACAGACGCGGAAAUAAAGAACUUGAAGUACGCACAACUAACACUCAACACCACACACAGUGGUGUGUCUUUUGUGUAUCCAACACUCUUCCAAUUCACUCGCCAUUUCAAACAAUUUGUGUUUGUUGCUAAUUGCUCGCAAAAAUGCAUUCUCAAAAAUGUCCGCCUUGCCUCAGCUUUCGACAACACAACAAAUUCAACAUAUUUUGUUCACGAAGUCAGCUACAGACUCAAAUUCAACACCGAAACAACAGAAAGUGGGGGUCUUUUUGUCAUCACUGCAAAAGUCUCUCUCAACCAAUCAGAAAAAGGUUAUUACAAUGGAAUAGCAUUUGAUUUUGAUGUUCCAAGUGAAACGGUGAUGAAGAUAACAACAGCAGUCUCACGUGCACGUGAUGCGACAAAGAUGGUAUCGUGCACGACGGAAUCGUUUGAUUGUAAAGGUCGUGGGUGUACUGUUGGCAAUUCGACACUCAGAGACAGUGCAACAACAUACACAAAUUACUUCAACUUCACUGCAGGGUGUGAACAAUACUGUGGUUCAUGUGGAGUUGGGUAUUCAUGUUCCAAGACUGGUCAUUGUAUUCGCACUCCAACACAGAACACUCGCAACCCAAACACGUCAUAUCCUCUCGCACUUUCAUUGUGUUUCGCGCUCGUUCUUUUUCUCUAA